GGGGAGCCUGGCAGAGCGGCCACGCGCCGAGCCAUGAGCGGGGCGCAAUAACAGGAGGAGCGGGCCGCAUGGAGCGCGCUGGGGCGCGGGGACAGCGUUGUGGCCGGCGCCCGCAUGGGCUCCCGCUCGCGCUCCGGCUGGCGCUGCUGCUGGCGGGGUCGCCGUCGGGCCGCGCGGGGGCUCCCGAGGCGCAGGAGACCGCAGCGUCCGGCACCGUGGCACCGGCGGGAGGGGACCGCUGCCGCGGCUAUUACGACGUGAUGGGCCAGUGGGACCCGCCCUUCAACUGCAGCUCGGGCGUCUACAGCUUCUGCUGCGGCACGUGCGGCUACCGCUUCUGUUGCCACGACGGCCCGCGCCGCCUGGACCAGAGCCGCUGCUCCAACUACGACACACCGGCCUGGGUGCAGACUGGCCGCCCGCCCGCCCGCGCCCGUGACACCGCCGCUCCGCGCGACCCGGCCCGCGAGCGCAGCCACACUGCGGUCUACGCGGUGUGCGGUGUCGCCGCACUGCUCGUGCUGGUCGGCAUCGGGGCACGCCUGGGCCUGGAGAGAGCGCACAGCCCCCGCGCUCGCCGCACGGUGACCAGGACACUGACAGAACUUCUCAAGCAGCCAAGCCCCCAAGAACCCCUGCCUCCACCUCUGGGUCCAUCCUUGGGUAACUGCGUCCAGGUACAAAUGGGUGAUGGUGUUCUCCGGGGUUCUCCCCACAACAGCACGGGUGAGUAGGUCAUCUUGCUAGCGAGGGAGCCGUCCAUUAGGGUAGCACCCCCCAGGACUUGCGGCUAUUGUUCAUGUUUUUCUGAGCCAAGUCAGGACGUUCUGGAGAGCAAUCCAUCCCCCAAGUUGCCCGGAGCUACAGUGGGGGAGGGCAGGGCGUUGAAAAGUGGCGCAGUCAAGCUCAGCUUUUUUUCCCUUUACACUCCACUCUCCCCUCCAGACAAGAAACGUCUCAAUAAUGCGCCUCUGGGGUCCGCCACCCCGGGACCCCCGCGCGGUCCGCGGCUGCAGGGUGGUGGCAGCCUGACGUUGCAGCCUGACUAUGCCAAGUUUGCUACUCUCAAAGCAGCUGCGCUCAAGGCCACAGAGGCUGCGCCCCAGGACUUCUAUCAACGUUUUCCCUCUACCGAGUCGGGCCCGCGGACUCUCCCUGCGCGGGUCCCGCGGCCUCCAGAGGACUUGCCUGCGCUGCUCGACGCCUGUCCCUGGGCCCCUCCGGGCUACGUACCUCCCGCCGGCCCUGUCUCGUCCGUCCCUUAUGCGGCCUGGACCGCAGGCCGCCCCGCGAGACCGCUCCCCCGUAGCCACUUGGUGGCUCAGGUUUCUCCGGCGCCCCGGCGGCCCAGCCACGCGCCGCGGCGUCAGUUCAGCGUGGAGAAGCUGCCCGAGGCCUUCAGCGCGCAGCCCACGAGCUUUUACAGCAGCGCGGGCAGAGGACCCCGGCACCUAAGCACCAACAGCAAAGCUGAGGUUACUGUCUAAAGCGGAACCAUUGGAGCCUUCUGCACGGUCCUGGGACCCAGGUCGUGGAGUUGCAGUGCAGGUCUCAAUCCAAACAGGAAUGAGGUCAUUUGGAGCCUGUGGCUAAAGGGUCAAAAGGGCCAGGUGUUCUGUUCUUGGGAAUGUAGGGCUAUCCUUACUUGUGUAAAUAAACCCUCUAAUGUGGUUCCCGGCCCAAA